AGCACAAGCACACCACUCUUGUCUCUGCAAAGUGUCCCACUCUGACUUGCACAAGACAGACCUCGGCCACCCAAAAAAAUGGAAGGAAAAGUACGCUGCCAAUAUGAAAAAGAGGUUGCCGUGGUUACAGGAGGGAAUAGAGGAAUUGGGUUAGAAAUAUGCAGGCAACUUGCUUCCAAAGGAGUCACGGUAGUAUUGACAGCGAGGGACGAGAAGAGGGGUGCAGAAGCAGUCAAAACCCUUGGAGCGCCCGGCCUAUCCAACGUCGUGUUCCAUCAGCUGGAGGUUGGCGAUCGGUCGAGCACUACGCGCCUUGCUGAGUUUAUAAGGGAGAAGUAUGGCAAGCUGAAUAUAUUGGUCAACAAUGCAGGAAUUGUCGGGACUACAACAGCGAUCAGCGACCCGGAAUCUUUUCAGCAAGAGCUUGCAGGCAUGGUUGGCAUGGAAAAGCUUGAAUGGAUCAGGAAACACACCACGGAGCCUUACGAGAAAGCAGAGGAGUGCUUGAGAACAAACUACUAUGGCACCAAAAUUGUCACAGAAGAACUUCUUCCUCUCCUUCAAUCCUCAUCACAUGGAAGAAUAGUUAACAUAUCCUCUUACUUUGGACUACUCAGGUUCUUCAGUGGCGAGGAGCUUAAAGAGGAGCUCAACAACAUUGAUAACCUAUCCGAAGAGAGACUAGAUGAGCUAUCAGAAUUGUUCCUCAAGGACUUCAAGGAUGGUCAACUGGAACCCCAUGGAUGGCCUGCUGAAGGAGGGUACCCUGCAUACAAAACGUCCAAGGCUCUUGCCAAUGCUUAUUCGAGAAUCCUUGCAAAGAAGCACCCAAAGUUAUGCAUAAAUUGUGUGCAUCCUGGCUACGUCAGUACAGACAUCAACUUCCACACCGGAAAUCUCACGGUCGAGGAGGGCGCAAGGGGAGCUCUGGUUCUGGCUCUCGUAUCCAAGGGAGGCACGACCGGAGCGUUCUUGGAUUGCACGGAGGUCGCUCCCUUCGUAAUCAGCUGUCCGUUACACAUGGAAGGAAACGCAGGCAACCAAUCUGAGGUCGCUGUGGUUACAGGAGGGAACAGAGGAAUUGGGCUGGAAAUAUGCAGGCAACUCGCUUCCAAUGGAGUCACGGUGGUACUGACGGCGAGGGAUGACAAGAGGGGCGCCGAAGCAGUCAGCAUCCUUGGCUCGCUUGGGCUAUCCAACGUCGUGUUUCAUCAACUGGACAUCAGCAAUCCAUCAAGCGCUGUACGCUUGGCUGAUUUUGUCAAGGAGAAGUUUGGCAAGCUGGAUAUAUUGCUUUGCAUUACUGGCGUGUGUCGGUUUUGUGCUCAGGUCAACAAUGCAGCAAUUGCUGGGACGACAAGAAGUGAGGUCGACAACCCAGAAACCUUUCGGCAAGAGAUCGCGGGCAUGGAUCUCAUGGAAAAGAUUGGUAGAAUCAGAAAGCACAUCAGGGAGCCUUACAAACAAGCAGAAGAGUGCUUAAGAACCAACUACCAUGGGACUAAAGCUGUCACAAAAGCAUUGCUUCCUCUCCUACAUUCCUCAUCCCAUGGAAGAAUUGUUAACAUAUCAUCUCGCUACGGACUACUCAGGUUUUUCAGCGGAGAGGAACUCAAACAGGAGCUCAACGACAUCGACAAAUUGUCUGAACAGAGACUGGAUGAACUGUCUGAAUUGUUCCUCAGGGACUUCAAGGACGGCCAACUGGAGCGUCGCGGAUGGCCUACGGAAGGAGGGUUCACUGCAUACAAAGUGUCCAAGGCUAUCAUGAAUGCUUGCUCCAGGAUACUUGCAAAGGAGCAUCCAUCGUUGUGUAUCAAUUGCGUGCAUCCUGGUUUUGUCCAAACAGACAUGAGCUUCCAAGUUGGAGAUCUGACAGUCGAGGAGGGCGCAAGGGGAGCUCUCAUGAUGGCGCUCGCGCCGAAGGGAGGCAUGACUGGUGGGUUCUUGAACCUCACAGAGGUCGCCCCAUUCAUGUAAUAUUCAUGUAAAUUUUAGUCACUCUCUUGAUAAAGAAGUAAAGAUAUUUCAGAUAUAGUGUAAA